AUCCCACGAACCAACAAGCAACCAAGCAAAGCAAACAACAAAGAGAAAACUCCUUUCAGCGUCAAAUGCAAAAUAUUCUAAAAUCUUGAUGCUUUGAUUCCAGUUUCUUUAAGAGCAGAAACACUUUUGCUUGUGGCUUUUCGUGCUUUCUACUUCCUUCGAGUUAAAAUAGGGGGUUGUUCAACUGCUCUGUAUCUUUGGAGUACAUGGUCCUAAUUAACUGAAUAAAAAAAUCCAGUCUUGGUGUUAUACAAUUUGGCGUGUGAUAUUGUGCGUGUCAGCGUGUGUUUAUCGCUUGAAAGUUCCUUACUAGGGAGGGUAUUUUGCCUUUGGCUAGCUACUGAGUAGUUUCUUUGCAGAAAAUGGUUUUCUUGAAAAUUUGAGGACUUAUCAUGGAUCUGGAGACUGGGGUGUUUCAAAAUCCUGUCAAGAAAGAGUCUUGGAGAAUUGUUUUAACACUGGCUUAUCAGAGUUUAGGUGUGGUUUAUGGAGAUUUAAGUACCUCACCAUUGUAUGUUUACAAGAGUACUUUUGCUGAAGAUAUUAAGCAUUCAGAGACCAACGAAGAAAUCUUUGGGGUUCUGUCUUUUGUGUUCUGGACACUGACUUUAGUUCCUUUGCUCAAGUAUGUUUUCAUUGUGCUCAAAGCUGAUGAUAACGGUGAAGGUGGCACAUUUGCUCUGUAUUCACUGCUAUGCAGACAUGCCAGAGUGAAUGCAUUGCCUAAUUGUCAGUCGGCUGAUGAAGAAUUGUCAAGCUACAAGAAAGAUAUCAUAAGUCCUGCCCCAACUACUUUUGGGGCAAGGCUGAAAUCCACUCUUGAGAAGCAUAGAGUGCUGCAGAGAUUUUUGCUUGUAUUGGCUCUAAUUGGAGCUUGUAUGGUGAUUGGUGAUGGUAUUCUUACACCUGCUAUUUCAGUUUUUUCUGCAGUUUCUGGUGUUGAACUGGCCACUGCAAAAGAGCAUCACAAGUAUAUAGAAGUUCCAGUUGCUUGUAUCAUACUGAUAGGCUUGUUUGCCCUUCAACAUUAUGGCACCCACAGGGUCGGGUUCUUGUUUGCACCUGUGGUGAUAACAUGGCUUUUGUGCAUCAGUUCCAUUGGCUUGUAUAAUAUCUUUUAUUGGAACCCUCGGGUCUAUCAAGCACUGUCUCCAUAUUACAUGUACAAAUUCCUGAAGAAAACCCAAAGAGGAGGUUGGAUGUCAUUGGGCGGGAUUCUGCUGUGCAUAACAGGUUCAGAAGCUAUGUUUGCUGAUCUUGGACAUUUUUCCCAGUUGUCAAUACAGAUUGCUUUCACAACGAUGGUGUAUCCAUCACUAAUCCUUGCAUACAUGGGUCAGGCUGCUUAUCUUUCUCAACAUCAUCGUAUUCAGAAUGACUACCACAUUGGAUUUUACGUUUCUGUACCAGAGAAAUUAAGGUGGCCGGUACUGGUAAUUGCCAUACUUGCUGCAGUUGUUGGGAGCCAAGCUAUUAUAACAGGAACCUUUUCUAUUAUAAAACAAUGUUCUGCUCUGGGUUGCUUUCCCCGAGUCAAAAUAGUGCACACAUCAUCCAAAAUACACGGGCAGAUUUAUAUCCCAGAGAUUAACUGGACCUUGAUGCUAUUAUGCUUGGCUGUUACCAUUGGGUUCAGAGACACCAAACGCUUGGGUAACGCUUCAGGUUUGGCUGUUAUAACUGUCAUGCUCGUCACAACCUGUUUAAUGUCUCUGGUUAUCGUGUUAUGCUGGCACCGGAAUGUGAUCCUUGCAAUAUGCUUUGUAGUGUUCUUUGGCACAGUUGAAGCGCUCUACUUCUCUGCUUCACUAAUCAAGUUUUUGGAAGGAGCAUGGGUACCCGUUGCCCUUUCAUUCUUGUUCAUGAUAGUGAUGUGUGUUUGGCACUAUGGCACACUCAAGAAGUACGAGUUCGAUGUUGAAAAUAAGGUUUCUGUUGACUGGCUACUGAGCUUGGGUCCCAGCCUAGGUAUUGUAAGGGUUCGUGGCAUUGGCCUUAUACACACGGAACUUGUAUCUGGAAUCCCAGCAAUUUUCUCGCAUUUUGUCACCAACCUUCCAGCUUUUCAUCAGGUCCUGGUGUUUCUUUGUGUAAAAUAUGUCCCAAUUCCUCAUGUUAAACAUGAAGAACGGUUCCUUGUGGGACACAUUGGCCCAAAAGAGUAUCGGAUGUAUAGGGUUAUUGUCCGGUAUGGUUAUCGCGAUGCUCACAAGGAUGAUCUGGUGUUUGAAAAUGACCUUGUAUGCAGCAUUGCUGAGUUCAUACGGACUGGAAAGUCCAGUCUAAAUUGCACAGACGACGAUGUGACAAAGGAAUGUGACGAAAUGGCUGUGGUUGGAACCCCUUCAACUCAUUUAGACGGGAUCCACUUGCGGUUCGAUGAAUCCGAGAACACUUCCUUAGCUGGCACAUCGGAGCCUAGGGAAAUAAGAUCUCCACCAGUCACCAAGCUGAGGAAAAAGGUAAGGUUCGUUAUACCCGAGAGCCCGAAGAUCGACAGCAGUGCACGUGAGGAGUUGAGAGAACUUAUGGAAGCUAGGGAAGCUGGGAUAGCUUACAUACUGGGGCACUCGUACGUGAAAACAAAACAAGGAUCUAGCUUAAUCAAGAAACUAGCAAUAAACUACGGCUAUGAUUUCUUGAGGAAAAACUGCAGAUCCCCUACCUAUGCAUUUACUGUGCCUCAUGCAUCAACUCUGGAGGUGGGAAUGGUUUACCACAUCUGAUUUUGGAUGGUAGAGGACAGUGAUGCAUCUUGUAAAUGUGUUUGUAAGUGUUAUAGAAGAAAAUCAAAGAAACGAGUUGUUUUAACAUGAAACUUGCGGAGUUGCGUUUGCCCGGAGGUUAGGUUGUUGUUUCGAGUAAUAUUUGUUUCAUCAUAAAAGAAGGCCAGGACGAGUACAGUUGGAGCCACCUUCGGUCGGCCUUCAUGGAUCCAUUUGAAAAUAUAAUGCAGCAAAGUUUUUGUCCA